AUGGCCUCCCUUUCCCGCUCGGUCUCAUCAUUGGCCUUCAGCUCGAGACAUGCCGUGCUUAGAAUUGGCUCUCGAGUGCCGCGUACUACACAUGUCAACAGGGUCAGCGGCACCUACACACCAAUUGGAUGGCGAUUUGGGAGCAGCGCUGCAAUCCCGAGAAAGGAGCCCAUCGCCGGUGAUGCCCAGCCCCCUGCAAAGCUGGUCGGCAACUCAAAGGUGUACAAGAGCGCAGAGGACGCAGUGGCAGACAUCAAGAGCGGCUCCACCAUCCUGAGCUCUGGCUUCGGUCUUUGCGGUGUUGCAGCAAUCGCCAAAAGAGGACCUAACGAGGUCACCAACCUGACGGCAGUCUCCAACAACGCCGGUGUGGGAGAUGGUGGUCUUGCUUCCCUGGUCAAGUCUGGCCAAGUCACCAAGCUGAUCAUCUCAUACCUCGGCGGUAACAAAGUGCUCGAGAAGAAGUAUCUGACUGGAGAGAUUGGCAUCGAGUUGUGCCCGCAAGGCACUCUUGCCGAGAGAAUCAGAGCUGGCGGUGCAGGCAUCCCAGCUUUCUUCACUCCUACCGGUGUCAACACGGCCAUCAUGACUGGUGACAUCCCCGUCAGAUUCGGUCCCCCAGCUGAGGGCUCCACCGAGCUUUCCGUGGUCGAGACUGGUACUCCUCGCGAGACUCGCGUCUUUGAUGGAAAGACGUACAACAUGGAGCGUGCAAUCAAGGGCGACGUCGGAGUCUUGAGAGCAUGGAAGGUCGACGAGGCUGGCAACUCCUUCGGUGUCCUCGUCGCAAAGGCCGCCAAAAUGUCCAUCGUCGAAGCUGAAGAGAUUGUUCCUGUUGGCUCCAUCCACCCCGACGACGUCCACCUCCCCGGUAUUUACGUCGACCGCAUUGUGCCAGCCACGGCCGAGAAGGGUAUCGAAGCCAGAAUGACCCGCGCUUCCGAGAACGCCUCGACCGAGUCCGCCCCUGCUAAGGAGAAGUCGCCUGCCCUGGUUAGAAGAGAGAGAAUCGCCAAGCGCGCCUCGAAGGAACUGCACAACGGCAUGUAUGUCAACCUCGGUGUUGGUAUGCCUACCCUGGCCCCCUCUUUCCUCAACCCUGAUGUCAAGGUCUGGAUUCAGUCCGAGAACGGUCUUCUCGGUCUUGGUCCUUAUCCCACUGAGGAGGAGGUUGACGCCGAUCUCAUCAACGCCGGAAAGGAGACUGUCACCAUGGUUCCUGGUGGUGCCACUUUUGACUCUGCCGAGUCUUUCGCCAUGAUCCGUGGUGGACACGUUGAUGUCUCUAUCCUUGGAGCUCUUCAAGUCAGCGCCAACGGCGAUUUGGCCAACUACAUGAUUCCUGGCAAGGUCGUCAAGGGCAUGGGAGGUGCCAUGGAUCUCGUGUCCAACCCUGAGCAAACCAAGAUUGUCUGCUUGACUGACCACGUCGACAAGUACGGCAAGCCCAAGGUCGUGCAGGAGUGCUCGCUGCCUCUUACCGGAGCUCGCGUAGUCAGCACCAUCAUUACAGACAUGUGUGUCUUCCAGGUUGACCGCAAGGACGGUGGUCUCACUCUUACCGAAUUGGCCGAGGGCGUCACUGUCGAGGACAUCAAGGCCAACACUGGUGCAUCAUUCACGGUUGCAAAGGACAUCAAGUCGAUGGAGUAA